AUGGCCAGCAGCCGCUACCUCUCCGACCUCUUCACCACGCUGGUGGACCUCAAGUGGCGCUGGAACCUGCUCAUUUUCCUGCUGACCUACACGGUGGCCUGGCUGGUGAUGGCCUCGAUGUGGUGGGGCAUCGCCUACCUGCGAGGUGACCUGCACCAGGCGCACGAUGACACCUACAGCCCCUGCGUGGCCAACGUGUACAACUUCCCCUCCGCCUUCCUCUUCUUCAUAGAGACCGAGGCCACCAUCGGUUACGGGCACCGCUACAUCACCGAGCGCUGCCCCGAGGGCAUCGUGCUUUUCCUCUUCCAGUCGCUGCUGGGCUCCGUGGUCGAUGCCUUCCUCAUCGGCUGCAUGUUCAUCAAGAUGUCCCAGCCCAAGAAGCGAGCCGAGACGCUCAUGUUCAGCCGCGCCGCGGUCAUCUCGCAGCGGGACGGGAGGCUCUGCCUCAUGUUUCGUGUCGGCAACCUCCGCAACAGCCACAUGGUGUCCGCCCAGAUCCGCUGCAAGCUGAUCAAGUCCAGGCAGACACCGGAGGGAGAGUUUCUGCCACUAGACCAGUGUGAACUGGAUGUUGGAUUUGGAACUGGAGCCGACCAGCUGUUUUUAGUUUCCCCUUUAACCAUCUGUCAUGAAAUUACCUCAGAGAGCCCCUUUUUCUGCCUCUCACAAAGAUCACUGAGAAGUGAGCAAUUUGAAAUAGUUGUCAUCCUCGAAGGAAUCGUUGAGACCACGGGAAUGACGUGUCAAGCUAGGACCUCGUAUACAGAAGAUGAAGUCCUUUGGGGUCACAGGUUCCUCCCUGUAAUGUCUCUGGAAAAUGGUUUUUUCCGUGUUGAUUAUUCUCAGUUUCAUGCUACAUUUGAAGUGCCCACUCCUCCUUACAGUGUUAAAGAGCAAGAAGAAAAGCUGUCCCUGUCAUCUCCUUUCAGUAGUCCCGUCGAUAAUAACAAAACCAGAGGAGAACAGGUUUGUCUGCUUGACUGUGUUGAUAUUGCAGGAGAGAAGGACAAACUCCCUUUCAAACUUCAGAAGAUUAGCUCAGGAAAGGAAAGCCUUCCACAAAGAGCCCUGAGAAUGAGUUCCAGCAACACAGAGAAGACUUUCAGUACUGGAGAUCUCCUGAAAAUUCAAGAAAUAAGUCCCAGCUCUGAGGGUGAAGACAGUGAUGACAGGAUGCAGCUGAAAGCCUCAAAAAUAAGUGCUGAGGCUUUGACUCAGUCUGCCAGUGAUCUCGAGUUACACAGGAUCUCUCCAAGUACAGGUGCUCUGGAGGUGAAAUUGGAAGAUAAUUUACCUGCCAAACUUUGAAAAAUGAACUCUGAUUGCCUCUCUUAAGAGCUGAAGAAACAGGAGUUGCUGCUGAUAAACUGCAUUUAACUGAGACUGCUGAUCUGAGAAAGUUGUUUUACAGGAAAGUCAUAAUUUGGUUUUGCCACUUUCAGGAAGAAUGAUCCUUUUUGCAUAAUUGUUCUGUACAGAUCCAAUUUAGGUAACAUAAUAGGACUUUGAGGAGGCAGUAAGAUUAAACUGUCAUGCCAAAGAGAUCCCUGCCCUAGUGAUGUUUAUCAGCAUGCUCACUGCACAUCUACAUUGUCUUCUGUGUAUGCAGAUGCUUUUUCAUGAAGCAAGGAUCAGAUCUUUAAGUCACAGGGGGUGUAACACCAGCUGAAACGUGGUUUUGUGCAGCUCAGAUCUUGGACUGUUCCUGAAGUAUAAAACAACAGAACACAGGAAAAAUCUGUGAUGCUGCUUGGUCACAGUCCAGUUCUCUCUGAGGGACCCCUUUGGAAAGUGGCCUUCCUGUGACACCUGGAGACUGCAUCCCUCAUCAGUGAUCUCCUUCUGUGCUCCCAGUGUCUCAUUCAUUGCCAGGCAGGUAAAGGAAGCAGUUUGCAAUAACCAUUUGGGUCAUUUGACUCUCAUAAACGUGUUCAGAACUAGACCUCAGCAUUUGAUUAGGUGGAUCACAUGUUGAAUUUUAAC